UCAGCCCUUUCCUCUUAUGGAUAUUUAAAAUCUGACUGAGGGAGAGAGGAGGACCAUGCUCUGUUCAGAGCGCACGGUGGUAGAGGAAUGGCUGUCAGAAUUCAAGACAUUACCUGAUGAUCAGAUUUGCAGCUAUGCAGGCAGUCUGCAUUUGAAGAAAGCCCUUGUUCCAGCCCUUUACAAAGUCAUCCAGGAACACCCCAGCAAUGAGCUGCUUGCUCCAGUGUGUCAUCAGUUAUUUGAGUUGUACCGGAGCUCAGAGGAAGGUCUUCGCCGUUUCACACUGCAGUUCCUGCCCGAGCUCAUAUGGGUGUACUUGUGCCAUUCGGCCAGCAGAGAGCGCCAUCGCAACGGCUGUGUUGAAGCCCUGCUACUUGGAAUUUAUAAUCUGGAGAUUGUGGACAGUAAAGGGAACAGUAAACUCCUAUCAUUCACAAUUCCCUCUCUCUCCAAACCCUCCAUAUAUCAUGAACCAUCCAGCUUGGGGUCUAUGGCACUGACAGAGGGGGCUCUGAGCCAGCAUGACUUGAUCAGGGUGGUGUACAGUGGCCUGCUCCCCCAGAGAGAGACCUUCAGCUCCCAGAACAGGUUUGAAGUGCUAUCUUUCCUCAUGGUCUGCUAUAAUUCUGCCAUCGUUUACAUGCCUGGUUCUUCUCACCAAUCAGCAUGCAGAAUGAGUUCACGGUUAUGUGUGUGCGGUUAUCCACGACAACAGCUGAAACUAUGGAGGGAGCCAUGUAACCGCAUACGCCUAGACCCAGACUUCAUGGUACAGAUGCUCAGCGCAGUUUAUCAUGCCAUUUAUAAUGGAGAGUGGGGGUUUGGCACGGAAGCCUUGGAGGACAUACUGUAUCGAGCUCAGAUAGAACUCUAUCCCCAGCCCUUAUUGUUGGCAAAUGCUAUGAUUCGUUCCCUUCCGGCCCACCCGUCAGAGGGCUCUCGGAAUUUGCUGGAGGUGGAAGUAACACCCACUAGCCGGAGUUUGUCCCAGGCAGCUGUCACUGCUGCUUCGAUCCGCCGCCUUCGCUGGAAACGAGAGGAUUGUUUUGAUUUCUCAACUACGACUGAAUUCUACGCAUCCAUCACCCCCAGACGAUACGUCCCUCCAGAACCAGCAGUCAAUGCCAAGUCGCGAAGCUGGACAAAGUUUACCAUUCACCUUACCAUGCGUGGGGAUGCUGAUGGUGUGAGCUGUGGUGAGGAUUCAUUUGACCCAGAUGAGGGUUUCUCUUCUGGAGCCUCCAGCAGCAGCCAGCCUAGCGUGAGACGAGAUGGGGUCAGCCGUGUGUCCCGCGACAGGGAGCCGGCGGUGCGACAGAAAGACCGGUCAUCAGCUGACACCAGAGCCGCCCUGCGUCAGCUUCACCAGCGGCACCACUCUCCUCCACCCGUAAUCACCCUGCAUAGUGCAGAUAUCAGCCCAACUGUCGCUAGAAGGUUCCUGGGGCCCCAUUACAAUCCCCCAUUCGGAGCUCCACCACCCAGAACUGGUAGUACAUCUUCCACAAAGUCCCUAGACUGCACGGGGCUGAACGGGUCCUCUGGGCCGACGGAUAGCCUGUCUUUUGGGAGCCUAAGUGCAGACAGAGCCCACUGUCUGUCUGCCAUCAGCCUGCAAGAGGACCGCCUGGGUCGUGGAGCCAAGAGUCAGGACCUCCUCUCCCCUGGAAGUCCAUUCUCUUCUGGGAGCCCCCUGUCCAAGCAGUCUCGUUCGUCUAGCUUCAACAUGCAGAUUAUUUCACAGGUGUAG